AUGUGGACUUUAAAGCGCCUCAGCCGAGGUCAUGCAGACAGCCCUGUGGAUUUGCCAGAACCUCCAGUUCCCCCCCAUCGGACUCUGGUUCUGAGUAUACCUUCACCUUCGAGAGCACCUGAGUCUGCAGCACGACCAUCAGAAGCACAGGAACCGUCGCCAGCACCUCCGACACCAGUCCCUUCAUCAGCGUUGCCAGAAACGGCGGCUCCAACAUCGGUGGCAACCGGAGCAGCUAAGAUUUCUCCCCCAGCUCUGCCUGCCUUCGCUUUUUCACCCUCACCAACAGCUGAAACUGCAGCAGAGUCUUUGCCUGUCUCUGUGUCUCCCAUCUCUUCGGGAGAGCCGCUUUCCGCCGUUCCCGAGAAGAUCUCUGCGGCGGCAUGGGAAGCAGAAGGGGGCAAGAAGGGGCCUUUGAGUCUCGCUGAGCGGAUGCGUCAGCACUUUCAUUCGCAGCAGUUGUUCCGGAACGAAGAAGAUGUGGAAAGCAACACCGGUGUAGAUCACUUGCCUCGUGCUACUCUCGACAAAUUGCGGGAAGAGGCGCAGGCACAGAUCCCAAGCCCAGAAACAAGGCCGCAGGUGGCUUGCCGUUCCAACUGCUCGAUGCAUGGUGAGACGCGCUUUGGGGAGAGGCAAACAGCUGCAUGA